GUCCACCCCUGGGGUUCGUCUCUGAAUUUCCUGUUGCAAUUCUGUGUACACCACAAAGAUGGCUAAGCAUCCAUACUUUCCCCUUGACCUGGAGCUGCCGGGCUUCGUGCCCAACAUCAUCCCCUAUGAAACCAUCCUCACUGUCUUCUUUGGCAGCUCGGCCCUGGUGGUCAUCUUCAUGUUUUUGCUUACAGGCCGCUUCAAGUACCUGAGCUCCGUGGAGCGUCUGUGGGCUGGCUGGUGGAUGGUGACGGGCAUCAUUCACUUCGUCAUUGAAGGGACCGUCGUGGCCAACGCCAACUUCUACAAGGAUACCACCGGAAACAUUCUCAAUGAGAUCUGGAAGGAGUACGCCAAGGCGGACUCGCGCUACGCCACGCGCGACGCCUUCAUUGUGCAGAUGGAGGGCGUGACCGCCUUCAUCUGGGGCCCCAUCUGCUUCGCCAUUGUGUACGGCAUCCUGCACCGCAAGGCCUGGCGCUUCACGGCCAUGCUGCUGGUGUCGCUGGGGCAGCUAUAUGGCGACGUGCUGUACUACCUCACCUGCUUUCACAUCGGCGUGGAGAAGCACACGCGCCCCGAGCCCCUCUACUUCUGGGGCUAUUUUGUGGGCGCCAACGCGAUCUGGAUCGUUGUGCCCGUCACCUGCAUCAUCUACUGCGCCCGCCAUGUCAACUCCGCAGUAGCUGCCACCGGGAAAGUUAAGUCCCACUAAGCACAAGCUGCAAGGAAGACCCCAUAUAGGGCCGCUAGCUGGCCGCGUCGCGCGAGCGCAGUACUGGGCAACGAGCGAGUGGAUGGUGGAUUCAACGAUUCAUUUCAGCCGCGGGACUUUCUAGGACUGAAGAAGUUUACGGCAAACGCUGUGGCCGGCGUGACUGGUAUGUUAUGUAGGCACCCGGGGAAUGUGCAAGCGGAACGCACAGCGGGUCCUGUGAGCUGCGGUCAGUCAGCGUGGGAGCGACGGUCCGGUAAGGCGCGUAGAAGAAGGCCUCUGACCAGGGGAGGCCCUCCUCCCCUGCCUCUGACCCCGUCUGACCGGGCGCAAGCUGCGAAGAUUUUGUGGGGUUGUACUGUCUGCCGAAGCUGUGUACUUACGUGGCUUAGUUUUUCAAGUGAUGAGCGCGGUGGGUUGGAGUGAGUUUGUCCGAUACCAAUGAAGUGGGCUUCGGCACACCCCCGUGGGCUUCGGCACGCCCCCUCGCAUUGUGUAUCCGAUCUCGCGCCCUGUGUUUUCCUUGGCCAACUCGUUGUCCAUGUAAUUUUGUACCUUC